AUGUCUUCCACUUACCGCAACUUCCGAAACAGCGUGCCGUGGCUAAUCCUUCUUCUGGAAGCUGUUUUCAUCAUCCUCUUUUACUUUUUGUUCUCACAUGAUCAUGUAUUCAUUAACUCCUACCCAGCUUUUCAAGAUGUCAGCCACAUGGUGAUUUUUGGAUUUGGCUUUUUCCUGAUGUUUCUGAAAAGAUACGGGUUUAGCAGCACUGGAAUCAACCUCCUGAUCAUUGUACUUGGUGUCCAGUGCUCCGUGCUGAUAGAUUUGUUGAUUUUACUUCUUCAAAGGCAAAAUGAACAUAAUCUGGAAAGACUAAUAAAGGCUACUAUGAGCAUGACUGCUGUGGUCAUCUCCACUGGAGCUGUUCUUGGGAAGACUAACCCAGUGCAGUUAAUUCUGAUGACAGUUCUGGAGCUAAUAGUUUUCCGUAUGAGCAGAUGGAUCAACAACACAUUCCUGCAGGUUGCAGACAAUAUCAGCAUGAUGCACGUUCACCUGUUUGGAGCCUACUUUGGCCUGGCCAUCUCCUCACGUUUCUCUGAGCCAUCACCAAGGUCUGAGAAGAAUGCAAGUACCCCGAAAUCAGAUUUAUUGUCAAUGUUGGGCACUGUCUUUCUCUGGGUGUUCUGGCCAAGCUUCAAUUCUGUGCUAUUCGAGCGCGACAGAUGGAGAGCCAUCUGCAACACCUACUUCGGCCUCGCAGUGAGCGCUGUCACUGCCUUCGCCUUGUCUGUUCUGACCACAAAGGAUGGGAAAUUCAGAAUGGCUUAUAUCCACAGUGCAGUUCUAGCUGGUGGAGUGGCUGUUGGUUAUGCAGCACACAGCAUCGAGUACCCUUGGAUUGCAAUGAUUUUGGGUCUGCUUGCCAGCGUGAUAGCCAUCUUAGGAUCUUACUGUUCACAGAGAUGCUUGAAUCCUCCUCUCAAGCUUCAUGAUACCUCUGGAGUUCAUUUCACUUUUGGCAUGCCUGCUGUGCUUGGAGCUCUUGCUCAGGUUGUUCUCUUAAUAAUAAAAAACUGGACUGAUUUAUCAAGUGUGGGUUAUUUGGUCAUGUUUCAAGUUGGUGCCUUCUGCCUGACCAUCAGCAUCGCUUUGGUAACAGGUUUUAUUGCAGGUUUAAUCUUAAACCUCAGACUGUUUAAGACCAUCCCUGUAUCCAAGUACUUCGACGACCAGUUUUACUGGGAGUUUCCCCAUUUGGCUGUUGGAUUUUGA